AUGUCCAACGAUCCGGCAGCGCGUCGGCUGCUUCCCCAGAGCUCCCAGAACUCGCAGAGCUCGCAGAUGGGCAGCUUCUCCUUUGCGCCGCCGGGGUAUCAGCAGCCGCGAGAGACACAGAAGACCUAUGUCUUCGUCGAUGAGCACAACCGCCACAAGCGGUUGAAGGUUAUGAGGGCUUGUGAAGGCUGUCGCCGAAGGAAAAUCAAAUGCGAUGCGGCAACCACCAACACUUGGCCAUGUUCCGCCUGUAUCCGCUUGAAGCUUCACUGCGUCCGCCCGAAUGGGUUCGACGGCUCCUCUACCGACACUCAGGCCUAUGAGCUGCCGCGCCCUCAGUUCGAUGCUGCCCAAGUCUCGGAUGGCUUGUCGCAGCCCACCUUGCAAGAGCAGCCACUGCUCUCCAGCGCGCCGAAGCCGGGGGGCUCCAUGUAUGCAGCACAGUCGGGCUACUCCGACCCUUCGGCUCUCUAUCAGUCCGUCCACUAUCAGGAGCCUGCGGCUUUGGCCCAGAAUCUUCACUACACCACCGUACCGCCACCUGUGGCCGGCGUCGACCCGUCUUUUUCACAACACAAUUCUUUUCCGACCCCCCCGCUCGAGCAACGGUCUCCUCCCCAGUCGCCUCCAGAUGCGUAUAACCAAGACCCAUGUGGCCAGCAAGACCUGGCAGACCUCCUGGGCUCCCUCAAGGUCAAUGAGGCCGGUACAGCACCUUACCUAAACAAGAUGAGGCUCCGGGCGCAAGAGGACGAGCCAGCUCUCGAGGAUGCAGACGAAUACAAGAGCAUAUUGCCGCCCCUGGUUUCCGGUCCUGGGUUGAAAGUUCGUAUUCCGCCCGAAUUGAUGCCCGACGAGCAGACGACUCUCCAUUAUUUCGACCUCUACUUCUCCAACGCCCAUCCGUACAUUCCGGUCCUUGACAAGGCGCACUUCUAUCACCAGUGGCAUAGCAACAGAGACUCCAUCUCCCCGUUAGUGCUCGAGGCCAUGUUUGCCAUCGCCGGUCGUCUAGCCGACGAGCCUGCCCAGGGGCAGCAAUGGCUAGCACUCGCAACAAGACACGCCGACUCCUUCAUGGACGUUCCAAGGCUGAGCACCUUGCAAGCUCUCCUGAUAAUUCUGAAAGCGAGGGAAUCUGCGCCAAAACGCGGCUACUAUUACCGUUCUUGGAUGAGCAUCGUCCAAUGCGUCCAGAUGGGCAAGGAUCUGGGGUUGGACGAGCAUUUCAGCGAUCACCAGGCCGGCAGGCCCUGCGACUCAAAUCCCGCCGAAUGCUUAUUGAAGAACAGGAUCUGGCAGAUAACUUUCGUGUGCGAGGUGAUGAUCGGUUCCCCCCAAGGCCGGACGGAUCUACAGGUCGAGAUCGACUCGGUCGAUUUCGACGUGCCGAAGGCCCUCCCCAAUGGAGAUGAUUCCGAGUACCACGUAUCGCGAAGCUUCACAUAUCUCGCCCGAAUCGUUCGCGGCAUCGGCCGGAUGAAUCGAGUAUACGCCCGCAUCAGGAAGACGGGCGCAUGGGGUAUCGAUCCCGAGUUCGUCAAGAUGAACCCCGAAUUCCACUCGUGGCUGAGCGACCUUCCGCCGGACUUGGGGAUCAGCUACCCCCCCGACGGCUCUACACCUUGGCUGGCCUCGGCUUUCGUCGGGAAUCUCCAUUCAUACUAUUAUCUGAGCAUCAUCCUCUUCCACCGGCCACAGUUGGCAUUUCUCGACCCCACGGCAGCGGAUGGGCAGUGGAAGCACAACAUGAUGAUAUGUUACGACGCUGCUAAAACACUCUGUAAGAUCCAGGAGGCAGUUUUGCAGGGCUUUGGUCUCAGCGGCCUCCAGUGCAUGCUGCGAGGUAUCAACUUCACCAUCUACGCAGUGCUGGCCUGCGUUGUCCUGCAUCUGGUUGCCCUGACUUCCCCGGAUCCCGACCUGAACUCGGACGCCCGAGGGUACUUCACGCGGCAUAUGAGGAUAUUGGAAAGGUGUAUGGGCGCGUGGCCCAUGCCUGAUAUGCAAAAGCAGGUCGAUGCCGUACGCGAGGCCUUUUCCGCCGACACAAGGAAACCUUUCGUCUUGAAGCCCAGCUUCCCCUACUCCAGCCCACAAUCCGUUGCGCGUCCAAGACCCCAGCAGCUCGACGCAGGCUUCAGGCCGACGAUGGCCCAUUCUGGUCCCCUGGAUCGACAUUUUGACCAGCAUUCAGUGCCGCAACACACCCAGGUUACCUAUGCCGGGCACCCUGUCUCACCACCAAUAUCAACGGGUCCAGUGGAUAUCAAGGGAGACGCACACGCAGUCCAGACCAUGAUGGCUGCCAGUCAAGGCUCCCAGGCUCCCACAAUGCAGCAGACCAUGCCUUUGGCUGAAGCACCGGUCUGGAAUCCGUCACGCAUUUUCGACCAAUGGAACACGUCAUUUGGUACGCCUCAAGUCCAGCCUUCGGCUACCUCAGUUGCCCCCCAGGUCAGCUCUCUAAGUGUUCCCUCUUCAGGUGCUUCGGAAGUUCCGACCAUUCAAGAUAUCCAGGCCGUGCAGGCCCAGAUGCCCCAGGCGUCUCAGAUCCAAACACAACAUUACUCGGCUGCUCCGGUACAAUCCUUUGUGACACCGGCCAUGUGGCAGGAAUCGGUGGCCAGCGUCUACGAGGGCGGGCUGAAGAGAUCGUGGGACUACGAUCCGGGCCUGUCGAUGAACAAGCGCCGCUAACGACACUAAUGACUUUGACGAAGUAUGACGGUUCUUGUCGACCUUUGGCCCCCUAAUGUUGGGGGCCGCUCGUCAGCGCGAGACUCGGCAAUCGAUAUUUAACGGGCGGCUUUUAUUGCCUUUUGAGGCACAGGCAACCCCUUAACUCCCCUUUCCUUUUCCAUUUCUA